AUGUGUAGAUAUGGACCUUGUUCAAGAUGUGGCGAUAUAUUUGCAACAAACCAAAAAUUCAAGUAUCAUUUAACUGAAAGAAAGUACUCUUGUGUACCUCGAAAUAUAUUACAAACAACUGUGCCAGUUUCUAGCUCUGAACCCUUGUCUAAUUUAGAUUCGCAAUUUCAAGUGGUAAAAGAUCCCAAUGCUAGAAAAUCAGGCAAGUCUGUUAAACAAUGGGGAUCGAGAUUACGAAAAAAAGUCAAAGAAUUAGGUGACAAGGAUCAUGAAGAAAAGCAUGAAGAGCAAGGAUUUUUUGAUGAACCUGAAAUCGAGAAAGCAAAUCUUCAGCCUCAUUGUGAAGGUAGACUUACUAAAUCAGAAGAAAUAGUAACUCAACAAACCACACCAUUAGAUAAUAUAGAAUUGCAACCUGUUCAAGAAUUGUCUAUUCACAAAGAAGAAUUUCUAGAUUUAGAUGUAGAAGUACUAUGGCCAGUUCGAUUUCCAUAUAAUGAAGAGCAUCGUAUAAUAUGGCAAAAUGGAAUUCAGACCACAAAGAAUAUGUUUAAAGUAGAUGGAGCCAAAUAUGCUUUCUCAACCUGGUUUACAGAAGCUAAAGAGAUAGAUUUGGCCA